AUGUCAAACUCAAACAAAAGCAAGAAGGACAAAGAAAUCCUCGCUGAAUACGAGAGCCAAGUCAAAGAUGUGCGGGCGCAGUUGGUGGAGCAGCAGCGCUGUCUGGAGCAGCAGACGGAGAUGCGGGUCCAGCUGCUUCAGGACCUGCAGGACUUCUUCAGGAAGAAGGCCGAGAUCGAGACCGAAUACUCCAGGAACCUGGAGAAGCUCGCCGAGAGGUUCAUGGCCAAGACGCGCAGCACGAAGGACCAUCAGCAAUACAAAAAGGAUCAGAACCUGCUUUCUCCGGUGAACUGCUGGUACCUGCUGCUAAACCAGGUGAGGCGGGAGAGUAAGGACCACGCCACCCUCAGUGACCUCUACCUGAACAACGUCAUCACCCGCCUCACACACAUCAGCGAGGACUCGGCCCGUCUGCUGAAGAGGAGUAAGGAGAUCAUCUUUCAGCUUCAGGAAGACCUCAUGAAGCUGCUGAACGAGCUUUACACCGUGAUGAAGACAUAUCACAUGUACCACGCGGAGACGAUCAACGCGGAAACCAAGCUGCGGGAGGCGGAGCGUCAGGAGGGCCGCGUGAAGGGCGUGUCGGGGACGGGCGGAGGGGUGGAGCCUGUGUUCGGCCUGCGGAUAGAGGAGCGUCACCAGAGACGCAACGCCGCCCGCAAGAUGGAGAAGAUGAGAGAGAAGAGGAAGGCAAAGUACUCAGAGAACAAACUGAAGGCUCUGAAAGCCAGGAACGAGUAUCUGCUGACUCUGGAGGCCACCAACGCUUCCUGCUUUAAAUACUACAUCCACGACCUGCCCGACAUCAUAGACUGCUGUGACCUAGGGUACCACUCCAGUCUGAGCCGGGCCCUGAGGACCUACCUAUCAGCCGAACUGAGCCUUGAAGCCUCCAGGAGGGCGGGUCUGGAGGUGCUGGAGGGGGCCGUGGAGGGCCUGGACCCCGCCCGCGACAGGCAGCGUCUGCUGGGCCUCUACCCCACCGCCUUCUGCCCGCCGCAGCGCUUCAGCUUCCAGGCCCACAUGGGUGACGCAGUGACCCAGAUCGCCUCCCAGCCUCAGGUCCAGGCUGAGCUCAACCUCCGCCUCACACAGCUGCAGACCCGCCUGGCGUCGCUGAAGAUAGAGAACGAAGAGGUGAAGAAGACCUGGGGUGCAACUCUCACCACCCUGCAGGACAUGUCGGUGCUGGACGACUUCGACGUCUCCCAGAGCUUCACCCACAGCCCGUCGUCCGAGUCGGUCAAGUCCAGCGUGUCGGACGGCUACUUGAACAAACCGAGUCUGGCCAAGAGACGGGCCAACCAGCAGGAGACGGAGCUCUUCUACUUCAAUAAAUUCCGCGAGUAUCUGGAGGGGAGUAAUCUGAUUUCCAAGCUCCAGGCCAAACAUGACAUACUGAAGAAAGCCUUAGCAGAAGGUUAUAAAGCUGAACUGCUAACUACGAGUCGUGGGCGGAAGAACUCCCACAGCAAGCACCAGGAUUCAACCAAAGCCAUACCCUUGCUGGUGGAGAGCUGCAUCCGCUACAUCAACCUACAUGGUCUUCAGCAUCAAGGCAUAUUCCGGGUGUCAGGAUCACAGGUGGAGGUCAAUGAUAUCAAGAACUCCUUUGAGAGAGGUAAUGACCCGCUGAUUGACGAGGAGAGCAACCAUGACAUCAACUCUGUGGCCGGAGUGUUGAAGCUCUACUUCAGGGGUUUGGAGAACCCGCUGUUUCCCAAGGAAAGGUUUAAUGACCUCAUCUCCUGCGUCCGAAUAGAAAACCUUUACGAGAGAGCGCAGUGCGUCCGUAAGAUCCUGUUGGGCGUCCCGAGGGCGACGCUGGUGGUGAUGCGUUACCUGUUCGCCUUCCUCAACCACUUGUCCCAGUACAGCGACGAGAACAUGAUGGAUGCUGGGAACCUGGCUAUCGUGUUCGGCCCCACCCUCCUGCCCACGCCGGACACGCUGGACCAGGUGGCCUGUCAGGCGCACGUGAACGAGGUCAUCAAAACGGUCAUCCUGCACCAUGACAACAUCUUCCCCGACACCAAGGACCUGCCCGGACCGGUUUACGAGAAGUGCAUGACUGGAGAUCAGUACUGCGAGAGUCCGUUCAGCGAGCCGGGAGCGUUGGAGGAGGCCGAGCCCGACGCCGGCACCGAGACCCAGACCAGCGACGAGGAGGGUGAGGCUGUGGAGGCGGUGGCGAGGUUCGACUACGUGGGCCGGUCAGGCCGCGAGCUCUCCUUCAAGAAGGGAGCGUCCCUGCAGCUCUUCCAGCGAGCGUCACAUGACUGGUGGGAGGGGCGGCACAACGGCAACCACGGCCUGGUGCCUCAUCAGUACAUCGUGGUGAAGGACAGGGCCGACGCCAUGUCGGACACCCUCAGUCAGAAGGCGGACAGCGACGGAGGGAGCAGCAGCACCGACGACAAGAGGUCCAGGAGCGAGCUGAGCUCCCCCACCGACAUCAGACCGCCAGAGACCUAUAACAGUCACAGGAGGAAGCGAACCGACGGUUUGUUCCGCCGCCCGCUCGGCCGCUCCAACGACAACCACGGGAAUGGGGGCGUGAUGGAGCGAAGCUCUCCCCCGGUGACGGGUCACUUCAGUCCCAGGGAGCUGCUACUGGGACGAGGUCAGGGCUUGACCCCGCCGCUUGACAGCCCAGAGCGCCGCCGCCGCUCUGCAGCCGCCGUGACCAUGACGGUGAGCCGACAUGAUUCGCUGCGGCGGCCCGAGGGCACGCCCAUCCGGCGCUCGAGCAGCGGGCAGCACGGUUUCAGUGACUCCCAUCGAUCCAGAGCGCUGGACCCCGACACACUGGCACAGGAUAUCGAGGAGACGGUGACGGUGGCUCUGGGGGAGCUGAGGCAGCUGGAGCGGCAGGGCUGCCGGCCGGCGCCCGACGUGGUGCUGGACACUCUGGAGCAGGUGAAAAACGGCCCCGUCACCACCUGCUCCUCCGAGUCUCCCAGCCCCCACAGCACCCCCAGCACCCCGGGUACACCGGGAACCCCCGGGACUCCCGGGACCCCUGGCACUCCCGGCACCCCAAGCCCCCUCAGCCCUCUGAGCCCCAUCAGCCCGCUCCCUGGACCUCCGCCGGGACCUCCAAGACCUUCCAACCCUUCCCCCGACACCCUGGGCUCCUUCAAGCCUGUGGCAGCUGCGCGCAUCGGGGCUCCACUGCGGCCCCCCGCCCUCAGGCCCAAGCCCAUGGUCCCACCUAAGAGCAGCACCCCACCUCUGCCCCCACCGCUGGACAAAUCCUGCACCAUGUGAGCCAAACCAGGCCGAUUAGAGGCCGAAUCAGGCCU